GCCCCGCCUCGCCGUGCGCAGCGGAGCGCCCCGCCUCGCAGUCUCGCUGAAGUGCCGCAACCAUGGGUACAGCGGCAGGCGGUAAGGCAUACUUCCAGAGGGGCAGUCUGUUGUGGUUCACCGUCAUCAUCCUUUCAUUUGGGUAUUACACGUGGGUUGUCUUCUGGCCUCAGAGUAUUCCUUACCAGAGCCUAGGGCCGCUGGGCCUCUUCACUCAGUACUUGGUGGACCAUCAUCACACCCUCCUGCGCAGUGGGUAUUGGCUUGCCUGGCUGAUUCACGUGGGAGAGGCCUUAUAUGCCAUGGUUUUGUGCAAGUCUAAAGGCAUCACGGACGGUCGGGCUCAAGUGCUGUGGUUCCUACAAACUUUCCUCUUUGGGGUGGCAUCUCUCUCCAUCUUAAUUGCUUACAGACCAAAACGCCAAAAACAAACUUAAGGAAGAUAUUCAAAUGCUUUCUCUACACUUUUGGCCUUCCACUUCACUGUUUUGGGGGCAAGGAAGAUGCUGACUUUACUUGAUCUUUCUACUUUCCAGAAGUUGGAGACCGUCUAGUUAUUCAUUAUUCUUUCAUAUGCUCUGGUUGAGCUUGACUGGAUGACAAGAAAGGAUUUAAGCUUCCCAGUUCUGUAGACAGACUAUUAGGCAGAGGGUUUCCAGCUACCUUCUUGAGGUCGUUGGCAGUGCUGGUGCUCAUUCUAUUGUCUGGUUUAAGCUGUGCACCAGAAUUGUCUGGUGGUAUAAUUUUGCUCCCACCUUCUGAGUAAACCCCAUCUCAGCUCUCUUUUCCGCCAGUUUUUUCCACCUUUCUGAACCAAGACAGAGUGACAUUUCCACGACACCUCAAUUCCACACACGGUAGGCAUCUGUGAGGCAGGAUCUCAUCUUGAACUUCCUUUUCUCACACCACCAAGAAAAGAUCAGAAAGAUGAGCAGGUGCAUGGAAUGGGCCAGGCUGAGCAGUAAAAUAGAGGCACAGAGGACACGCUGAGUACCGAGAGGAGAGGAUUGGGGGACGCCUUCCCUGAUCCUGCCAGCCCGAAGCCGUCCUUCCCUCCACGCAGCCUCUAGGACAUAGCACUCUGUGGUAUGCAAGGGUCUGAAGGCCACUGCUGUAUUGCUCCUUCCGGGCAGGAUCACAUCUCAGAUUUAUUUUGUUUCAGCACCUGGCCCGUUGCUUUGCACACAGGUGUCCUACCAGUGUUUUCCGAACAAAGGACAGAAACCGAUGUAACUUUCCACGUGUUCAGUGUCAUUCCAGUUGUUCUAUGAAAACUGCAGAACCCACUCAGUGUAUUCUCUUCUCAGAGAGAAGCACAGGACUGCCCUUGGCCGGUAGCGCCACCUUUCUGUGGGUUCCCCAUUAGGAAACCUGUAUCUUUUUCUUAGUCAUUUUCUCCAGAGUCUAACAUCUCCCUCCUGCUCUGGCUUACUCUAACACAGAUGUUCCUGAGCUAGAGAUUCUAACUGGAAGCUAGCGACUACCUCUCCCAUUCACCUGAUUAGACCUUUUUACUACUGACUGGUCAGGGCAGAAGGGUCACUGACUCUGUCCCCUGACCUUGGCCAGAAUGGCUCAGUCACCUAGGAGCCAUUCAGAUUCCUUCCCAGGAGGAUCUGUUCCCCAGGGACUAGACCUUAUUUUCCUUCUAUGAUGCAGGAGGGCAUGUUACCUGUUUUAAGCAAACGUUUAUGAGAGGCAGCCCGCUCACCCCUAAAGAGGCCCCAAGUAAAAGUACAACCCUGAGAGAUGAUGGACUGUGAAUUGUUUCUGGUGGCGAUCACUUUCUACAACUAAAUCUCAGUCUUUCCAGUUUCUCUGGUGGUGAAGGGGUUGCCUUUUGGUGAAGAGACAGAUUUUUAAUCAUAGAGUUAAACAUCAUGGAAAUCCAACCCAGAUUUUUUAAACGCAUGGCCCUGUCAAAAGAGAAAUAGUAAUGACAAUAUUACAGUAAUGGUGACAGCAACGAUAUGGCAGAUUAUUGAAUAAAAUGGAUUAACUUGAAUAAA